CUGCCUUGAGUGAGCUGGGUGUUUCCUGCCUCUCAGUCCGGAUUUGGAGACUCCGGCGUCCUCCGACUUUUCAUGGAAGAGAUGUCAGGAGAAAGCGUGGUGAGCUCAGCGGUGCCAGCAGCAGCUACCCGCACCACUUCCUUCAAGGGCGCCAGUCCCAGCUCCAAGUACGUGAAGCUGAACGUGGGGGGAGCCCUCUACUAUACCACCAUGCAGACGCUCACCAAGCAGGACACCAUGCUGAAGGCCAUGUUCAGCGGGCGCAUGGAAGUGCUCACCGACAGCGAAGGCUGGAUCCUCAUUGACCGCUGUGGGAAGCACUUUGGGACGAUACUCAACUACCUUCGAGAUGGGUCUGUGCCCUUGCCUGAGAGCCGCCGGGAGAUUGAGGAGCUGCUAGCGGAGGCCAAGUACUACCUGGUGCAGGGCCUGUUGGAAGAGUGCCAGGCGGCCCUACAAAACAAAGAUACUUACGAGCCCUUCUGCAAGGUUCCUGUCAUCACCUCCUCCAAGGAAGAACAGAGGCUCAUAGCGGCUUCCAAUAAGCCGGCCGUGAAACUGCUGUACAAUAGAAGUAACAACAAAUAUUCCUACACCAGCAAUUCUGACGACAAUAUGUUGAAAAACAUUGAACUGUUUGAUAAACUUUCCCUGCGCUUUAACGGGAGGGUCCUGUUCAUCAAGGACGUCAUCGGGGAUGAAAUCUGCUGCUGGUCAUUUUAUGGCCAGGGCCGCAAAAUCGCUGAAGUCUGUUGUACCUCUAUCGUCUACGCCACCGAGAAGAAGCAGACCAAGGUUGAGUUCCCUGAAGCCCGCAUUUAUGAGGAGACCCUGAAUAUUUUGCUGUAUGAGGCCCAAGAUGGCCGAGGACCUGACAAUGCACUCCUAGAAGCCACAGGAGGGGCAGCUGGACGCUCCCAUCACCUGGAUGAGGACGAAGAGCGGGAGCGAGAGCGGAUUGAGCGCGUGCGGAGGAUCCACAUCAAGCGCCCAGAUGACCGGGCCCACCUCCACCAGUGAGCAGGCAGGCGCAAGCUGCCUCCGCCCCUCUGCCCCUGCCCCUCAGACCCUGCACCGGCUUCUGGGCACCUCCCACCUCCCGGAGUCUGGAGACACUUUUGUAACAAGCCAGAUGGUUAUUUUAUAUUUCUUGACAAAGUGGAUUGCUUCUGUGUUGACCCAGGUGUGCACCCCUUCUGAACAAGCUGUGUCUAAGAGCCUGGAGCCCAGCUUUCUUGGCUCUUGGAGGGAAAGUAUGAAUGAGUUUGGUGUGAAUGUGAGAGCCUUUGUUGCAGUAUUUAUUUUUAUGGGUGUUGACUACCUAUAAGGGCUUUUUAGGUGACACUCCCUGAAGGGCUUAGUUUGACACUUCUGAGGGACUGUGUAUGGCAGCCAGCCAAAAAGGUGUCCAUGAGCAGCCUGGCCCCCGUGUGCUCCGAGCAGACAGCCUCAUUCUUUCCUGGGAGUCUGCUCUGUACACGGUUUUGUGACUGGAGCUCAUUGGUCAACAGUUGCAGCUUGUGGAAGUGGCCCUGAGUGUGCGUCCAGCAUCUCUGGGGCCCCUCAGGGCAGCAAACCCACAGCAGGCAGGGAGCAGGCCGGCUCCGGGCAGUGGGCUCUGCCCUCGCCUGUCCUUUGGAUGCACCCCAUUCAGGAAGGCAUCUUACUGCCUUGGAGCCAGCACUCCAGUCUGCUGCUUCAAAGCUCUGCUCCCUUCUGCAUCUGCAUGGCUUCCUUUCGUCGUCAGGUUGGUGGUGCCUUGCUCUUUGGUUGGGAAUUGUGCAGCCACAGACUGUGGCAGCAAGGAGGGACACUGCUAGGAGCUUGUAGCCUGAUUCAGGACUUUCCCUGCUGUAACCCUGCAGCUCCUUCAUUUUUAUUUCUGUGCCGAGCAGAGUUGGCUGCAAAGACCUUUGGGUCUUGUGUGUGUUCAGGGGAUGUGUGUGACUGCAGUGGGACGUGUGAGUGUGGAGGACAUGCCAGGUACUGCCAGUCUCUGCGCCUGUGCAGGAGUUACGGCUGACAGGGUUGGUUGUGUGUAGACUAGUUACAAGGUGAGUGCGGUAGCGAUGGAUUUCGGCUGCUUGGCAAAGGAAUUGUUACUGUUUUUUAGACCAAAGGUAUUAUGUGGGUGAUCUCUGACAAGUUUUAAAGUUAAUAUUUUGUGACGGUUUUUACAGCUCACUUUGUAUGUGACAGUUGUAUACCUUUCUCCUGUAUCUGACAAUAAAUAUUCAAACAGUCCCGACUGGAUCGAGGAACCACAUACAGGAUCGAUGCUUUUUAAACAAUGCUGUGGGGAACCUUUUGUAUUAAGAGCCAAGAAAGGGAGCUUAUAAAUCAUGUUUCAUAAGUUUUAUACUGUUUGUUUUAAACGUCAGUCCUACCCUAUGGGUUCAACUUUUCUAGGAAUUUAAAGUGAAUGAGUGCUGGUGUUCUCUGUAGGAAUGGAAAAGCCAUUGUAUACACUGUUCAAAUGAUCAAGUGCAGAACGACUUGGCGGCACAAUCUGACUUGCCUUGGCCUCUGCGCCUUACGGUUACUGUUUUGGCAGCUCUACCUUCCUCUUUCCUCAAACCGUGUGCCUGUAGCUUUGCACCUCUGCUCCCAGGGAUAGGAACAGGCCUAGCAAACAUUCCAUGGUGCCUGAUACUGCUGGCAACUGUCCAGCUAGGGCCUGACCCAGUGUCAGUGAGGCUGAAUCUAAAGCUUUGCUUUCAGGUUCCAUAGGCUAGCAUGAAGUGCAGUAGUCAGCAUUUCUAGUUCACCAUUCCGUGAGGCACUGGCCUUGGGUUUGGUGUGAAGAGUGAAGCUUUACUGCACACGAAGGGCUCACAGUUAAAGUACAUUGGAUAGCUUUUUGUUCAUGGUAACCAAGUUCAGUGUUUGUGGCAACUAGGGCCCACACCCCAGCAAGUCCUGGCACAGCCUCCUGUUGCCUUCCUGUGGAAGAUGGGCUGUUGGACCUCGCUGGAAGCUGUGGUCCCAUUUAGGUGCAGCCUCCUUCCUGCUGCUGGUCCUCGGCGCUCCCCCAAAGUAUGUGCAAGCUAGAGGACUCCACCCAGUCACUGGUCACGUUAAGCACAUCGCUAACCUUCCUGUCUCUGCACUAUGAAACAAUGCUGGGAGUUUUAGAAGUGCUCACUGUUGUACAAGCGUCUGCAGACACAUGUUAAAUAAAUGUUAAACUGUGCUUCUCCUCA